AUCCUUUCUCGCUUGACCCCACUCUUUCUUCGGAUUUAACUAUUUUUCCGAAGUGAUAUUGAGUUUUCAUGUUCUCUUUUGCUUCAGUUUAGUUUUCUGCGGAGAGCCUGGUGAGUGACGUGGUUUGCACAAGUCAUCUCACAGCCCACCAAAGGACGCUUGGCCAUCGGAAUCGCGUCUUCUUUGCCUCGACCUUUCUUUGCCUCCACCAUAACACCACCUCCUCAAGACCCUUUCGCAUACGACCGACAAGAUGUUGAAGAUAUGGUCGAUGAAGCAGAAGCAGCAGCAGGAUGCUAACGCAGAUGCUGCUGCAGGAACCAAGAGAAAGAAGGUGACCGCGGCACAACUUCGAGUCCAGAAAGAUCUCUCCGAACUCUCAUUACCCAGCACCAUGAAAACCGACUUCCCAGACCCUGACGAUACCCUCAACUUCACACUCACCAUCGAGCCCGACGAGGGCAUGUAUAAGGGUGGCAGAUUUCACUUCACAUUUGCGAUCAGCCAAGGUUUCCCGCAUGAGGCACCCAAGGUCAAGUGCACACAGAAGAUUUACCACCCGAACAUCGACCUGGAGGGCAACGUGUGCCUGAACAUCUUGAGGGAAGACUGGAAGCCGGUGCUGAAUCUACAAGCCGUUAUUGUUGGGUUACAGUUCCUCUUCCUCGAGCCAAAUGCCUCAGAUCCCCUGAACAAAGAAGCAGCGGAGGACUUGCGGUCCAACAGAGAGGGCUUCAAGCGCAACGUUCGGUCAGCUAUGGGAGGUGGGGCAGUCAAGAACCAGACCUUCGAGAGGGUUUUGAAGACAUGAGCAGAUAAGGGGGUUUAGUAGGACAUCGGAGAUACAUCAUCUAGACUUGCACAGCCAUACGAGCUUCAUGGCAUAAUGAGGCGUUCAUAUUUGGAGGAUCCGGAAGAUGGAGUAAAUACAGGGUGGUCUCGUGCCUUCCAGAGAAGCGUCGUAGAAAUUUGAUUCCUCAUGCACAGCAUACCUUGGUGUUUUGAGAUCGACAGUUAAUCUACUCCGAAGAAUGUCCCCUUUAUUUAGACUUGCAUUGAAAGAGUUGUG